UUCUGUAAUAAAUGAGCGACUCGGCUGGCUGCUGCUUGGGGUAGAAAAUUCAAAACCUAUCAGACCGCUCUACUCCCAAAAUCCAAUGGCGUUUUCAACAGUAGUUAAUAUAUUUUGUCGUUUGGUCAACGUGCCUCUGGAUACCGGAGUUUUUUUUGUGGAAUAUUCAAAACCUGUAAGGCUGCUCUAGCCCCAAAAUCCAAUCGCGUUUCAACACUAUAUAUUUUGUCAUUUGGUGAUGUGCCUCUGGAUACCGGAGCUUGACUUCAGCGACACAGCGCCCUGCUCCCACUUCUCUGAAUACUUGGCCGGCGAUCUCCGCCCAAUCUCUGAAUCCUUUGAUCAAUUUCUGGCGAAAAGGUCCUGAUACUUUAGUGGCCUGUUCAAUUCUUGCUGUCCUCUUAUAUCUAGCUAAACCCGUGGGUAUAAAAUCAGAUUCAAUCCUUUUCCCCCCUAAUUAUUCGGCUUCGUUGUGGAUGCUGCUGUGGAAAAGGGAAGAAGAUUCAGAUGUCCAAUGAUGUGGAAAAUCCGAAAGAUGGCCAUGCCACAAAAGCAGGGCACGGUUUGAAUGUUCCUCCCUCAUCACCAGCCCUUGAAACCACCCAAUCAACCUGGUACGGUAGCUUGAUUCAGCAAGCCUCUGUAUAUGGCGUAGCUGCUGGGUACUGUAUUUCAGCAUCAUUGUUAUCUAUAAUCAACAAAUGGGCUGUCAUGAAAUUCCCUUAUCCCGGAGCUCUAACCGCAUUGCAGUACUUCACCAGUGCUGCUGGAGUGCUACUUUGUGGUUGGCUUAAGGUUAUAGAGCAUGAUAAACUUGAACUUUUAACUAUGUGGCGCUUCUUACCUGCUGCUAUCAUAUUCUAUCUAUCCCUUUUCACGAAUAGUGAGCUCCUCCUGCACACCAAUGUUGAUACCUUCAUUGUUUUCCGGUCAGCAGUUCCUAUUUUCGUUGCAAUAGGAGAAACUCUCUGCUUGAAUCAGCCGUGGCCUUCAUUGAAGACAUGGGGAUCACUUGUAACGAUAUUUGCUGGUAGUGUGCUUUAUGUAAUGACUGAUUAUCAGUUCACUGUUACGGCUUAUGCCUGGGCUUUGGCCUACCUUGUCAGCAUGUCUAUUGAUUUUGUUUACAUUAAGCAUGUGGUUAUGACCAUUGGUUUGAAUACUUGGGGACUUGUGCUCUACAACAAUCUUGAGGCUCUGCUAUUGUUUCCAGUGGAGCUAUUUAUAAUGGGGGAGUUGAAGAAGAUGAAGCAUGAUAUUUCUGAUGAAUCAGAUUGGUCCUCUUUUCAGGUGGUCUUGCCAGUGGGCCUGUCAUGUUUGUUUGGUUUAGCUAUCUCUUUUUUCGGGUUUUCUUGCCGUAGAGCAAUCUCUGCAACAGGGUUCACUGUUCUUGGCAUUGUAAACAAGCUUUUAACAGUUGUAAUAAAUUUAGUCAUCUGGGACAAGCAUUCAACAAUUAUUGGAACAGUUGGGCUUUUGAUUUGCAUGAUGGGUGGGGUUAUGUACCAGCAGUCUAUGAGCAACAAGGCUAAUGCUGUUAAAGAAUCCAAGGCACAAGAAAGAGAAGAGGAACAGCAAAAGCUGCUUGAAAUGCAGAGCAAUGUGGAACAAAUAUCAGACUCGGGAGAACGAGAGUCAUGACUUGCUUGGUUAGUAAAUAUUAGGCAAUUACGUUGCGUGUUGGGUUCUUUGUUGGUGCUUCAUCGAGGAACAGCUAUUUCUCAUUCCAUUGGGUGGGCACUAAUAACUGUUGGGGCAGAGCAUUUAUUGAAGAAAUCUCAGCUAGAGAGGAUUAAAUAUCUGAGCUUGAUCUUGUCUAAGCUAUCUCUUUCUUUCUGAACACUCCUUUGUAUUGUUGAAGGGGAUGAAAGUUUCCUUGAAAUGUUGUCUUAAUAUUUGGCUGCUAAUUGUGGAAUUUUAUUCUGAGUCAAUAGGUCUCCGUUCUGCUAAAGAAACGAAAAUCCUAUGUUCUGCUGCUGAGUCUCUCUGCUCAAACGAAAUGAAUUCAGCAGUUCAUAUUGCUGGGAUCAUGUUUUUGUUCUAUAGCAGAUCUGUUGUGUUCUUGUUAUGCUUUUAGGACUUGCAAUGCCCUGAGUGUUUUUACUCGAAGAGUCCAAGGUCAAAUACAGCAUUCAGUUUGUAAUCGUAGCUGAGGCACGCAAUUUUCAUUGUCCGUUAUGUUGUCAAGCUCUUGUUACUGCAUGUAAUUCUUAGUUUGAUUCGUCUCUAGAAUGGUUCAUGA